GCACACAUCUAAUCACUCAAAUGAGUGAUUGUUUAUCAUCGCAAAAUUGAUCGAGUGGAUUAUUUGAUCACCCCUCCAAUCCUAUCAAUCUUAUCUAUCUCAUCCACCAAAUCAAACACUUCCUAAUAAAACAUUGUUGAGGGGAAUACAUAAAAUUUUAAGAUGAGAUGAUCAUUCAACAUAGAUCUCUUAUUGUUUCUUACAAAAUGGGGGCUUUCUUUAUAAUGGAUUCCAAGCUUACACAAUGAAUGGAGUACAUGUAUAACGAAGAAGAGAGAUGUGAUUUAGUGUCCCAUAAUUUUGUAUGUGUCGGCGUGUUUCAUUCUUGUAUCUAUUAUUUUAUUAAUUUUUUUUAUAAAAAUAAAAGUUAUAUUAUGAAUUAUAUUUAAUUUAUAUUUCAAAAAAUAAGUGGUCAUGUUAAAUAGGACGGAGGCAGUAACAAUGAUCAUAUAUUUGCAGCAUUUGCCUAAUGAAUGGGCAAAGGGAGUGCUGAGCAACAAAGACAGCCUAACAGAAGAGAGAGUAGAUGAAGUUGUGCAGCAAUUUCUCAGCAACUUCAAAGAGGGGAAACUGCAAGAGAAUCAAUGGCCUCCUCACUUUGCAGCCUACAUAGUGUCGAAAGCAGCUCUCAACGCGUAUACUUGGCUUGCAGCACAAAAAUACACCAAUCUCUGCAUCAAUUCUGUGUGUCCUGGUUUUGCUAGAACAGAUUUAACCUUCAACUAUGGUGUGCUGAGUGAAGUCGAAGCUGCUGAAGCUCCGGUGAAGGUGGCAUUGCUGCCUCAUGGAGGGCCGUCGGGCUCUUUCUUCCUGAGAAGGGAAGCAUUGUCUUUGUAAUGAACAAUCACUUCAUAUGUUGUUGUUAUCAAUCAAUUAAAGAUGUCUGUGAAACAAACAUAGUCUUAUGAAUGGUUUUUUAAUAUAGGAUAGUACAAAUUAUUGUGUUUGUAUGAAUUUGUAGGCCAGCUUUCAUGUUUGGUUUAUUA